UCGGUGAUUUAAAAACAAAAAUUUUGAGAGAGAGAGGGAGAUGAUCAUAACGAUGUCAACCUCGUGACAAAGCGUGGAAUCACUUUCUAAAACUAGACAGAGCAAAAACGAAGAGGAUCUUCCUGUAAGAACAGAACAGAAACAAACAGAGGAACACAAGAAGAUAACACCAGACAUGGCGUUCACACUCUGCGCAAGAACCCUCCCUGCGGUUUCUUCUGCAAUUCGCAAGCAUGGCUUUCUUCAAAGGCUGCAACAGACAGGAUCAUAUCCAUUUCAAUUUGGUGAAGCGAAAGCAAGACCAUUAUUGCCCAGAAGAGCGGAUAUUUCCCGGGAAUGGGAAGCUGGGUUAGAUCCUUCGCAGCGAAACAAGAAAACGGGAACGAGUUCGGAUCUUCUUGAUGAGAUCAGACAGAGAUUUCUGAGCUUCAAGAGAGACAAGUAUCUGAAAGAUUUGGACAAGUUUCAAGCACUGGCCAAAGCUCAAGCUCCUAAGGUUAUGGUAAUAGGGUGUGUGGAUUCAAGGGCAUGCCCUUCUACUGUACUUGGAUUCGAACCCGGCGAAGCCUUUAUGGUACGGAACGUUGCUAACCUCGUCCCGCCGAUACAGAACGGUCCGACGGAAACCAAUUCAGCUCUGGAAUUUGCUGUAAACACUCUUCAGGUGGAGAGAAUCAUAGUAAUGGGUCAUAGCAACUGUGGAGGAAUCGAGGCAUUGAUGAAUCUACAGCUACAAGAACACCAAGAACAAGACUCCAGCAAAUUCGUGGAGAAAUGGGUGAUGAAUGCUGAAGCUGUGAAACUAAGAACAAGAGCAAAUGCAUGGGGACUAAGCUUUGAACAGCAAUGCAGAUACUGUGAGAAGGAAUCGAUAAGGGAAUCGGUGAUGAACUUGUUGACGUAUCCAUGGAUAAGAGAGAGGGUGAAGAGAAGGGUUUUGGGUAUUUAUGGAUGCUAUUAUGAUUUGUCGGAUUGCAGUAUCGAGAAGUGGAGACUUUGUUCAGACAAUAACACUGAUACUUUCAGUAUUUCAGACACUGAGUUUUGGAGCUAAAAUUCCAUUCAAAAACUCGUGUAAAUGCAAUGUAACUUUGUAUGUAAUUAUGAUAUUUUUUUGUAAUUUUGUAUUAUGAUAUUUUUUAGCUAAUUAAAAAAUACACGGUUUUAUUUC